GAGCAUUCCACUUCGGUCCCGAGGGCGGGGCGGCGGCCGUCGAGAGCCGUGAGAUGGCGGUACGAGGAAAGGAGGGAGCGUGGGGGAUGGGGCGCGGGGAGGCGAGGCGCGCCCGAACGGCUCCCCGGGGCACACGGAGAGCAGACCUCGCGAGCGCCGACAUGAUGGACAGGUGAGGAAUGGUGAGCUCUUUGCCCGGGGAUGAUAAGGCAAUGGAACGGAGGCCAAGCGCGCCCGUGCGACGCUUGGGAUUCUGGCGCGAGGCAUCAGUGCGUCGGGUGGGAUCUUGUCGGCUGUCCAACGCGCCGCCUGUGCGCGGGGUGUGCGUGGCUCGCAGCGGCCGGCGGCGGAGUGGCUUGCUGGCGGUGCAGUGCGAUGCAGAUCAGGUAUGUUUUGGUACAUUGUUGUCAGCGUUGAGCAUGCCGCUCGAAGAUCGUUGGAGGCCACAGCAUUCCAGCACUCUAAUGAAUCGCGAAAGAAAUCAAAGGGUCACGCACCCCUGCGCUGGCGGGCGGUGGCGCUCACGCCACCUCUCCACCUCAUCGACCUUGCACUCGGGCUCGUUCCUUAUGCUUCCACCACGACUCGCGCCCCUCGGCGUGGAGGCCAGUGCUUGGCGACCGGCUCGGCGUCAGUGCCAGAGAAUUACCCACAGAUGGCAUCACGGGCAAACCUCAGACCGCCUCCGUGCAUGCAUGUCGAGAUGUUAAGCCUUGGAUGCAUGUUCGUUGCCGCAACGUAGUCACAACGAAUC